AUGACUUGCCAUCACCACCUGUGCAGGAGACCUAUUAAAGCUUUCUACAUGCGUGCUAAGUUGCUUCAGUUAUGUCCAACCCUUUGCGACCCUAUAGACUAUAGCCCGCCAGACUCUUCUGUCCAUGGGAUUCUCCAGGCAAGAAUACUGGAGUGGGUUGCCAUGCCCUCCUCCAGGGGAUCUUCCCGACUCGGGUGGAACCCACGUCUCUUACAUCUCCUGCGCUGGCAGACGGGUUCUUUACCCCUAGCCCCACCUGGGAAGCCCCAAAGCUUUCUAAGAGUACUUCAGAUGCUUUUAGGAGAAUGUGUCACAGUGCGGCAUUGCCGUGGGCACCACCUCACCCCAGGGAUAGCUAAGCACAGCGCAUACCCCAGGUGGUCCUCUGGCUCCCACAGAGGCACAUGUAUCUUCUGGCCUUUCCUGACCCUCUCAGCAGCUUAG